UUCCUGACAGAGCACAUUGAAAUGAGAGAAAAAGAUUUAAAAAGGUAAGUUUUCUUCAUGGGAGGGAAGAAGUUACAGCUGGGCAAACAUUUUUGUAGUUGAUAAGGGAAAGAGGUGUUCUCUUAUUCUUGUCCGCGAGGCACCAUGUGCUAAUGAGGACUGAUAACCUCACAAAGAGUUAUUCUAAUCAAGUAGAAAAGAGUUGUCACUCUGUUAAUAGCAAUGACCUUUAUCAUCUGGGAAACUAGGUUUAGGUGAAAAUAAAGGGACCCAGAGCAAUAAAUUUAAGCCACAAUAUAAGGAGGGAUUCUAGCGUUUGAGAGAAAAAACAUUGAAAGGGGCAAAAAGUUGUGGAGCUGCUGAACUCCAUUGGCUUCCCAAGUUUUUAGAUGCCCCUCCCAUUUGAUCCCACCCCUUUAUUCAUCAGCUAAUCCCCCUGUGUCAAGACUGAUUACACUUUGGAUGAUCAUGCAAAUGUUGAUUGUCUUCUAAGAAAACAACUCUGGCUGUAGUCUAUUUGUGCGGCUCCAUUUAUCAGCAUGAGAAUGAGCUGGGAAGUAGACAGAUUCAAGAUGAUUUCAACAUCGUCUCCAGUAGCUAGCAGCAGUGAUGCUCAACUUGCAAUGCAAGACUGGGACAAUGCAUUGGCUUCUUCUCUUCCUCUUGCAAAAACCACCCCUCUUGACUUCAAACAAUCUCUCUACCGAAGAAACUCUUCUUCUCAGAGUAUGCAUUUGGAGGGUUCAUCCCAGGCUCCCAGGAUGAAGCGGUCAGUUCAUAUUUCUGAUGAUUCAGCUUGUCAUACCCAUGUCUCUACAAUUCAGGUCCAGGAUAUAAGAGACCCCAAGCUUGCUGAAGACUGCGAUGAAGAAAAUGCAAGAGAUAGUGACAAACAGCCAUCGAAGAAAAAAAAUUACCAAAGAUACCCCAAGCCACCUUACACAUACCUUGCUCUAAUAACCAUUGCUAUCCUUAAUUCACCAGAGAAGAAACUGAAGCUCUCUCAGAUUCUCCAUGAAAUUAGUGUUAUGUUUCCAUUUUUCAAAGGACAUUACAAAGGCUGGAAAGAUUCUGUCAGACACAACUUGUCUCUGAAUGACUGUUUUAUAAAAGUAUUAAAUGACCCACAACGACCACAAGGGAAGGGGAACUACUGGACAGUCGACGUUACUCGCAUUCCACCCGAAGCAUUAAAGCGACAAAACACAUCCGUCUCACGACAAGAUGCAAGAAAGUUUGCAGCCAGUUCAACUGCUUAUAUCCAAGGUGGGAUUGCCAGCCUCAUGGCUUCUGAAGAUAGCAGCAAAGCACAGCCAGUGACUGACUCCCCUUCUGGAUUUGAAAUAACCCCUCCACAACAGGGUGGCAGCAGGUCGGAUGAUGCCUUUUCCAUUGAUACGUUGUGGAAUAGCCUGGAAGCAUCUCAUUCUGAAAGGGAGAGAAGUUAUUCAAAGACCUCUCAGUGUGAUCUGCAAAGUAAGCCAUCAAAUGAAAACUCAACACAAUUGGGAAGGUUGGACUUAGACACUUGGCAUCCUCAUGAGGCAGUAUCUGAGAGCCCACAGGCUUCUUCUUCAUUCUCUUUCUCUCAGAGUGAUCAUCGCAAGAACCAAUUUCCCUCACCCUUAAGCACUUCAACUUCAAGUUCUUCCUCCACUGAAGAUGACACCAACUUUUCACAACGAGAAUUCCCUCAUCGGCAUGAAUCCAAACGGCUGAGGUUAUCAAUGGAUUAUGGCGCAUCUACUCCUCUCUCGCUGCUAAACAACCAUUGCACCAGUUAUUCAGAACUUCCAUUCAGGCCUUACAUGCCCUGGGAGUUGCCAACGUCUUACACUAAAUAUCCCCCUCCAAAUGUAAUUGCACCUCCAAGUAUGAGUCUACCUUAUUCCACACUUUUUCAGUACAACAGCCCUUCAAAUCUCUUCUAUCCGUAUAGACCAACGCAGUUCUUAAACCCACCCAACUGGCCCUUUCUACCUGAUCCACACUCUUUGCCACCUUUACGUCAACCAUUUAUAUUUGAUCUGGACAGAAUGCUGCAAGUUGUCCCACCAAACAAGAGUGUUUUUGAUACUGUAUUUCAUCAGUUUUACCCAUCUAAUGUGGGCACUGGAAUGUCACCCCAUGUGAGCAAUGUGGUAAGGGCUCGAUACAUGCCAUUUGAUAACUGAGUGCCCAAACUGUGUGCAGUUACAUGGAAACUUUUAACAUUUUUAGUUUGGACUUUUAAGUGAUUUAUGUGCAUUGUUUACAUUCAAGGAGCUAUCGUAGAAAUAAUCAUCUCACCCGUCCUGUGUUUUGUGACUGUAAACGUUAGAUAAACAAUGAUUUUCUUCUUUCUACACUAUUUUUCCCAAUGUGCCAAGCUUCCUCCAUCUUUCCAUCAGGUGUUUUGGGAGUAUUGUUUGCACGGACUCUACAAGUUUAUUGAAGGAAGUAAGCACAGUCUGUUGGGAUGAUCUCUUAGGUGCUGUUCCCUUGGGUCAGAGGUAUUAUAUAAUUGGCAUCAGUAUGCGUGUGAAUGAGUGAAGAGAAAAUUGGCCACAAUUCCCACAUUCCCAGCUGUGAUGUGGCGGAUAUUGAGCAAUUUUGGGAUUGUGCCUGGAUGUGAUGCUCCUGUAGUUGAAUUGCAUCAAAGAGUUGACGUUUUCAUUUGGGAACCAUCCAUUAAUGACACACUUCAUAGCAGACUGUACAACUAGGUAUUGACAAAUCUCAUUUUUUACAUCAUCCUCAUCGCCUCCUAUUGUACCCAUAGUUUCAUCUCUCUGUUUGAAACACUAACUUGAACAAAAGUUAGAAAAAAGUUGUUUUUGAGGUCAUGUUUCUGUUCCUGUUCCACACCAUCUAUUAAAUUCUGGCUCAUAAUUGAACUGUAUGACAGCUAUAAGCCUAAAUAUAACUUUAAAAAAAAUAGAUUCUGAUAGCUCACCCAUGCUUUACAAACAGGAGUACAUUGGGACUAUUCAGUUACACAGUAAUGUUCAAAUUACACAUUAACUCCAACUGUCUGACUUUUGAUUCUACAAUUUAACCAAAGGUUUAGGCAUCUCAGUCUUGAACAAUGCCAUCACCUGUUUUAGUAAAAGGUGCUACAUAAAUGCAAGUUAUUGGUUAGUUUGGAAGUUUCAAAUAGUCUGAAAUCCAGAUGCUUCUGGAAGCGAGAGUUCUGUUAACUCUGGAGUAGAAACAAAAUGCCUCCUGAUUUCGCUCCACAGUAGUCAUGCUCCAACAUUAAGAUUGUUGCCCAUUAUCCAGGAUCCUCUAUCAGAGAAAAUAAAAGUCUCUCUAUCCAUUGCCACUCAACUAUCUAAAAUGAAAGGAAUAUAUGUGAGGUUAUGCAAACAUCAAUGUAAUUUAAUCCUUUCAGGGCUGAUAUCAUUCAGUGGUUUCUGCUCAUGGUGCCCUGAACAGAAUAUUGAAAUGCUAGGAUUGCCACCUCCUGGAUUCUUUUGACAUCUCCAGGAAUUAAAGUUUUUAUCAUUGGGAUACUGUUGUGGGUUGUACCAGCACAACAACCAGAGUCACUGUUACUUGGGAACAUCUGAAAAGUACUUUCUAAAGUGAAUUCCUUCGGAACUGCAAUUAUUCUUCUGUUGACAAAUGCCAAAGUAUUCUGCACCAGCCGUGAGCUGAAUGACUGACUAAUCUGCUUUUGGCAUCUGGACUGUGAUCUAGGACGUGAGGGGAAUGCUUCAAACAGUGCCUUAAAACAUUGAACAAAAUCUUGAUUGGAGAAUGUAGCAUCCUUCAGCAUGUUUGGCUCAGAAAGUUGCAUAACUACUAGUUUAUGGAUUUGAACUCAAACCUCUGACCCAAAGCCGUGCCAAUAUAAUGGUGAAAACCCCUCACAGUUUGCCUCAUUGGCUUUAGACUAAGAAUGGGGAGAUAAAUGGAUCCUGUGGUGUUCUGGCUGCCUCGUUACUUUUGCUGGGAAGUGUAUGCACUGGUUGAGAGUAAUAUUUCUAAUGAGAAAUUGCAUGGUCUCAAUAACUGAAAUAGUAUUUGUUAAUAACUU